AUGGAGGACGUCGCCUUCCAGGUGGCCGCCGCCUGGGCCGCCGCACUCGCAGCCGAGGCGCUGGCGCCGGCCCUGGACGUGGCCCGCACCGUGGAGGCGGCGCUGGAGACCGGCGGCAUGGCGACCUCGCUGGCGGACUACGGCGCCCUGGCGCGCGCCCUGGCGCCGCACUUCGAGGCGGCGCCGGGGCUGCUGGAGGUGCAGUACUCCGAGGCCCUGGCCGACGGCGGCGGGUCCAUCCUGGCCCUGCGCGCCGCCGCGCUCAGCGUGGCGGCGGCGCGCGGCGCGCGGCCGAACCUGUCGCUGCGCACCGACCGGGGCGACUGCGGCGACGUGCCCGGCGGCCUGGGCUGCCUGGCCCUCCUCCGGGAAUCCGACCCGAUCGUGGCGAACGGGACGGGCUGGUUUUCGCGCGGGUUCGGUGCCGAGGCCAUGCACACCACCGCGCCGCUGGGCUUCUGGGAAGGCCCCUCGUUCACGCGCGUCGACCUGGACGAGGUCGUGUGCACCAGCCUGUGCUGGUCCCCGUCCGUCUCGUUCGUGGCGCAGCCCGUGGGGCAGCCUGGGCUGCUGCGCACCGUCAUGGACGCCGACUCGCUGCGGUCGGUAAGGACCGCGUGCGGGAGAGGCUCGGCGGCGGGGACGCGCUGCUGUGCAACGCCGCCGGGGAGGUCGUGGCCUCGUCGGACAUGGCGGAGCUGCUGCUCUUCGGGGCGGCGGGGUCGGUGCGGCCCGCGAAGGUGUGGGAGCUCACGGGGCACAGCUGGGCUACCGAGAUGGACCAGGACGAGCUCGCCGACAUGA